AUGGAUCUUUUUGCGCUGAUACUCGUUACUAUAACUGCAGUAACAAUUUGUGGAAUUUGUCUAUUUAUUUUUGUAUGUGCAUUACAACCAAAAUUUUUACGUAAAUUACAUGGAGAAGCGGAUAGAGCAUAUCAAGAAACGGAUUCAAAUGAAUCACCCAAUGAAAAUGAAGAUCGCCUUAGUAUAAAAAGUCUUGAUUUAGCUCUUGAAUCAAGUGAUUUAACAAAAGAAAAUUCAUCACAACCAAAUAGUCGAGAUAAAGCUGCUUAUUUAAAAUCAUUAGAACGAAGUCUUCGAACAGGACGACGAAUGAAUGAUGAUGAUGAUAAUGAUAACAAUAAUAAAACUGAAUCUUAUUCAAAUCCAUUGAAUUAUAUUCGCCACUUUAUUAACAAACGUAUACGUCGAAGAACAUCUAAUAUUCCUGAAAAUACAGAAUUAUAA